AUGGGUCCAUCUGUGGUCACCGUACUUGGUUUACUGCUCUGUAUAUCUUGUCUGCUCCUCAUUUUGUCAUGGAGAAAAGGAUUUGGAAGAGGAAAGCUUCCACCUGGUCCUGUUCCUCUUCCCAUUAUUGGUAAUAUACUGCAGUUGAACCUGAAGAAUAUCCCUGAAUCUCUUUGCAUGGUAACAAAAGAGUAUGGACCAGUUUUCACUCUUCAAUUGGGUAUUCAGCGAAUUGUUGUGUUACAUGGAUACAAGGCAGUGAAAGAAGCUCUGAUUGAUCAUGGAGACCAGUUUGCUGCCCGAGGACAUAUGCCAAUUUUUGAAUUCGUUUCCAAUGGAUUUGGAGUUGGUAUAAGCAAUGGAGAGAGAUGGAAGCAGCUUCGCCGAUUUUCCCUGAUGACCAUGAGGAAUUUUGGGAUGGGGAAGAGGAGUAUUGAGGAGCGAGUCCAAGGAGAGGCAAAGAUCCUUGUGGAGGAGUUAAAAAAAACUGAAGGAUUACCAUGUGACCCCACAUUCAUCCUUGGGUGUGCUCCUUGCAAUGUGAUCUGCUCUCUCAUUUUCCAGAAACAUUUUGAAUAUAAAGAUCAGAAAUUUCUAUAUUUAAUGAAGCUUUUACAUGAACAGGUCAGGAUUGUGAGCUCCCCUUGGAUUCAGGUCUAUAAUUGUUUUCCAUCAUUAGUACAUUACCUCCCUGGACCUCAUCAUGAACUAAUAAAAAUUUUUCAAUUUUUGCAUACAUUUGUUUUGGAAGAAAUCAAGGAACACCAAGCGACACUGGACCCCAGUAAUCCUAGGGAUUUAAUUGACUGUUUUCUGAUGAAAAUGGAACAGGAAAAGCAACAACCAUUGUCUGAAUUUAACAUUGAAAACUUGGUCAACACUGUAGCUGAUCUAUUUGGUGCAGGAACAGAAACAACAAGUACCACCCUGAGAUAUGGAUUGUUGAUGCUCUUGAAACACCCUGAGAUAACAGAAAAAAUUCAUGAAGAAAUAGAUCGUGUGAUUGGCCACAAUAGAAGUCCCUGCAUGGAGGACAGAAAUAAGAUGCCUUACACUAAUGCUGUGGUCCAUGAAAUUCAAAGAUACAUUGAUCUCGUCCCCACCAGCCUGCCUCAUACUGUGACUGAAGAUACUCAGUUUCGACAAUAUCUUAUUCCCAAGGGUACUACCGUAAUACCAUUCCUGUCUUCUGUUCUGUAUGAUGAUAAAGAGUUUCCCAAUCCACACCAGUUUGACCCUGGUCACUUCUUGGAUGAAAGUGGCAACUUUAAGAAGAGUGACUAUUUCAUACCUUUUUCAGCAGGAAAACGGAUAUGUCUUGGUGAGGGCUUGGCUCGAAUGGAAUUAUUUCUGUUUUUUACUACCAUCUUACAGAAUUUUACCUUGAAAUCUCUCAUUGACCCAAAAGACAUCGAUACCACUCCAAUUGACAGCGGAUUUGGCAAAAUACCCCCCAUCUAUAAGCUUUGCUUCCUACCUUCCCAAAAUACAUGAAGGUUUGCUCCUAGUUCCAAUUGCUGUAGAAUCUCCUUAUGUACUCUGAAUAAAGUGUACUCAUUCCCUUCCCUGGCAA